CCAGAUCAGUGCCGGGAAUAAGCAAAGAAUUGCCGAGUCAUUGAAGGACACGGAAUGAAACUUUGUUGAGUAUUUCCAACAUAAUGUGGACACAUCGGGGGCGGCAAUCGGUGACGACCGCCGUCACCACCUCUUCACGUCACCUUGCUAGAAGCAACCGAUCUAUCGCCACGCCGUGGCGGAGAACUUAUGCCAGCAGUAACAAGGGAUCGGAGCAGUCGACGAGCGCGCAUUGGCUCCGGAACUCGCUGGGCGUGGCAGGCGCAGGUACUGCUGCCUUUCUGAUUUACGACUAUGCUACAUCCAACCGAAGUCAGAUUGAGAGUGCAUCAGAGAAGGUUAAAGACCUCUCAAAGUCGGCCGAAGAACUGAGCUUGCAGUAUGUGCAGCAUAAACGGAGCGUCAAGAGCCCUGGCGUUUAUGUCUGGGGCACGAAUGCCUAUCGUGUGGUUGACCCGAACUCGAAAGAGUCUGUUGUGAAGACUCCCCGGAAAUUUGCCUAUUUCGAAGGCCAAGUGCUUAGGGAUCUUAAGCUCGGAGAGCAAUCCGGGGCGGCGAUUACUGAGACCGGCGACCUUGUGCAAUGGGGCAAAGGCUACUCGGAGACUGAAUUUAAACCUGCAAAGACUCUCACCGGCAAGAAUCUGACUUCGCUGUGCAUGUCGAACGAUCGUAUCCUUGCAUUGUCAUCCGACGGCAACGUCUACUCACUGCCCAUUGCCAAAGAUGACCAAUUGACAGGCCGCAAGCUGAAGGAAGGAUCUUGGGUGCCUUUCCGGUCAGGAACAGCCGGUGUCAGCUAUCGCUUGCUCCAGCCAAGUUUGAAGUUGGGCGAGCGUAUAACGGCUCUCAGCGGCGGGCUGGACCAUGCCCUUCUCUUGACAAGCUCUGGCCGGGUUUUCUCCGUUGCUUCUUCUACUGAGAACUAUCCUUCCUUUGGUCAACUCGGUGUUCCGGGCUUGACCUGGGCUACUCGACCCAACGGACCGGUGGACGCCCUUCACGAGGUCACGGCGCUUAAGGGCUCUAAGAUCGUCCAGAUUGCUGCGGGUGACUACCACUCGCUCGCACUUGACAAGGACGGCAACGUGUUUGCUUUUGGCGACAACUCCUUUGGACAACUAGCCAUGGAUUUCAACCCAGCAUCGCCAUUCUGCGAUACUCCGACUCUGGUGCCUAUCCGGAAACUUUACCGGGGUCCCUGGUUGCCCAAAGCCACUCGCGUUGCGGCGGGGGGUGCCAACAGCUUCUUCACCGUGGAUGCACAGCGGAUCCUCAGCUCCACGGAGAAUCCUGCCACCCUCCGUGACCUGGGCCGUAUCACAGCCGAUACAUGGGCUUGCGGCCGGGGGAUCUGGGGCGCUCUCGGUACCGGAAAAUGGAUUCAUGUGCAGGACGCCCCGGCCAAGGUGAAGGCACUCAGUGGUCUGUCUGAAUAUGAUGAGCAAUCUAAGAGCCUCUCACCCAUCCGUAUCCAUGACAUCUCGGUUGGCACGACUCACGUAUCGGCGGUCAUGGAUAACAAGACGCAUGUGAAUGCUGCUCCCUCCACCUCCUUGGAUGAGACCAACGACUGGGGCUAUGAUGCGCUCUGGUGGGGAGGCAAUGAGCACUUCCAGCUGGGCACGGGCAAGCGCAGUAAUCUGUCGAAGCCAAACUACAUCCACGCACCCCCAGAGGGCAACAGGGCCGAUGAUCAGCAGGAAGCGCGACUUCAGAUCAUGCCCCGGCAUAAGGGCAAGGUCGACCGUCGCACAGUGAGCAUGGAACAGCGCGUCGAGUGCGGGCGACAUAUCUCUGCCAUCUACUCUGCUGUAUAAUGCUUUCCCCUUUUCCUUCUAUGUAUGAUGAACACUAUGUAUAUUAGCCAUAUUUUCUGGGCGUGUCAGCGGUGGGUUUGGGGUAGAAAAGUCGCAAUCCAGGGUUGUAAUAUUAUUCGC